AUGUUAAAACGAAUGAUGAUGAUAUUUUGUAUCGGAUAUGCUGCUAUAUAUAGAUCACUUCCUAUAUCAUCAUAUCCUGCUGCUGACCGACGAUUGUUCGCUUACCAAACAGGCAAAAGAUCAAACAUGUUUUUAAGAUCAAAAGAUGGUACGCCGAUAGGCCCUAUAAGUCAAUGCAUGUCAAGUGUUAAACUUAUUCCUGGAAUGAAAACACUUGGAUCUGCUGGUAAUGUUACGGAUCUUACAUUAAUCGAAGGCAUUUCGGAUUAUGAAACAAGUACAUUUAUUCAAUUAGUUUUUGCAUUGACAGUUCCGAAUCUUUCAUCUUAUUCAAUACCAUUCGCAACAGCAUUUCUUCAUAGUAUAAAAUUAAUUGAAACUCAUUUUGAAGAAAUGUGUCUUUGCAUAUCUGAUACGGAUUUCUAUCAUAGUUCUCUUGUUCGUAAGAAUAUUCGUGAUACAAAAUUUCGAACUAAUUUGAAUCAAGCUUUAGAAAAUUUAUCUUUGGAAUAUGGUGGAUUGUCCUAUCGAUCGGAACGAGUUCACCAAAUUCGAAUAGAAUGUCUCAAAAAAAAUACACCGGGUAUACUUCAUCGUAUUUGGCCACAACUAGGUUUUGCAUCUACUGCAAUAGGAAGUUCGUUUGCCGUGUACAAGAAAGAAAUCGAAUUUUAUUGUGGAGAACAAUUACCUCUAAUUAAUUUAGCAGUCUAUCUUUCAAGUGAGGGCUUUUUUGGAGUCUUGGCGAGCAUUCAUACAGAUGAAUAUUUUCUAACACCCUCAACAGCAUUUUUCGAAUUUAUUAAAGAAGAAGACAUCAAUCAGGCUCAACCAAAAACUUUGCUCAUCUCAGAAAUCGAACCUGGACAAAGAUAUGAAUUAGUCUGCACUACAGAUUCUGGAUUGGUUCGCUAUCGAUUGGGAGAUGUAGUCUAUUGUACAAGAUAUCUUUCCCAAGCAGACAAUACAGUUCCAUUACCAUUUGAACAAGAAAAAAUACCACGUAUACCUCUCGUUUCGAUUGCAUAUCGUGUCGGAAACCUUAUCAGUAUAACAGGAGAGAAUACGACUGAACAACAUGUGAUGGAUGCACUUCAACGAACUGUUCAGAUAUGGAAACAACAAGAAAUAAAUGUCGACAUUUAUGAUUUUACAUUAUAUCCGAAACUAGAUACAUUUCCAUCUCGAUAUGUUAUGUUCUUAGAGUUAUUUAACAAUAACUCUCAAUCAGAAAACAAAAUUAUUGAUCGGCAACAGUGCAUACUGUUGAAUGACGCCAUGUCUGAAAUUGAACGACAACUUUGCGAAGCAAAUGACAUCUAUAAAGAUCAACGUAAUGCCGGAAAAAUUGGUUCACUCAUUUGUAUUCUUGUUCGAAAAGGAACAUUCUCGAUCUUUUUAAACAAAAUAUUAGUGACCACUAAUAUUAGCCCAACACAAGUCAAACCCCAUCGAUUGUUGAAGAAUACACAACAUAUUCAAUUCUUCUAUGAUAACAAAAUAGAUGCAGCGUUGUUUUCAUAA